GCGCACAACCCACAGACAGGUCAACUCACUACUGAUGCAAAAGUUUAGUGGAAAAUGUGGACUUGAACAUAAUGAUGUAAAGUGAAUAAUACCAAUACCAUUUUACCUUCAGCUUGUUUUGGAUUUAGGACCUUUAUAUGGUAGCAUGUCCAUUGAGGUAGUUUUAGCCAGUCAGCUUGAUGGGUUUUAAAAGCUUCCACUGGCUUCUGUAAACGGUUCUUUCCGUUUUCUUUUCUAGUGUCACUUUUCCAUAGGUUUAUCAUGUGUUGCUGUUUGACUUGGGUGGCCCUUGUUUAUGUUUAUGUAACAGUUGUGAUUGUUCUGUGUCCAAAGAAUGCAUGUAACCAUCCCAUCACCAAUGGAAAAAAUCAAUUGUUUAAAAAGAUCUAUUAUGAUGAGCUCUGUGAUUCAAUGCAGUCAAGUGGUCUGGAAAUGUGUGAACUUUUUGGUUAAGACCUACAUCCAGCAGUACAUUUGAAAAGGAAAGAGUAAGAUAGUGGAAGCAACAUUAAUGACAUCGAAGAGGCAUCUCUUGUUAUCGUAGGCAUAGCGAUGACUGUUUCCAAAGCUGAGUCUGACAUAUUGUACUUUGUUUUCCUUAAAUUAUGAAAACCUAAGCCAUCUGUGUUAUCUUGAACUAUAUGCCUAUUAGGGAAAGGCAAGAAUAGUGAUGCCUGUUCCAGUCACUGGUUUAUACAGUAUGUAUUACUUAUUGAUUUAAAACAGUCAACCCCUUACAGUCUAUACAGUCACUUAGGAUAAUAGUGGAAACAGCUGUUAAUUUUAAGUUAAACAUUGCCAAGUGCCCCGAUGUUUUUGAUAUUGGUGUUACACAGAUUAUACUAAGCAUGUAAUUCACCUAAGCAGGCAACUCUAGCCUGUCAUUACAUAAUGUAUAAAGAGAAAUCUCAGUGUUGUCAGGUGAGCCUUUUUGUGCAUCACCUGUGGAUCACAAAUAUGUAGCAUAUAGCUGUAUGUGUGAGCUGUUGCCUUAAAAAAAAAAAAAACAUUCAGAUGCUCAUCACCACACAUAGACUGAGUUUCAGAGUUUCAAUGUGCUACAAUGGAGUUCCUCAACAAUUGACCUUGCCAGUGGUUACCAUCAGGUGGCGGUAAAACAACACGAAAGGCAUAAAGCCACUUUUGUAGCACCCAGGAUGUGUGCACAUCUGGGGGUCUCUUUGAGAGGUAAGUGUGAGGACCAUGAACGAUCAUCCAGAUCAUGUUGAUACCCUUCAAAUUUUUUUAGAUGUACCUAUAGAGAAUGUAUAUCUAUACAAUGCUUUAUUCCUUGGUUUCUUUUCCAUUUGUGUUUUGUGUCAGCCAGAGGCUAGGGAAUGAAAGUGAAAAAUGUAAAGUGUAUGAGUGAAAUGGGAACAGCGUACAACAGCAUACACGACCGUAUAAACAUUAACGUUAAGUACAAACGUGACGUGAUGCAUCUAAUUUAACUAUAGUGGAUCAAUGACUGUCAAGUGUUUUCAACAUCUGCUUUGCGCUCCCCACUGAUCAAACGCAUGUAUUGCAAGUUGGAGGUAAGGAGUGGUGCGGCUGACUCAAGUGGGCUUUGCUUUCCUUUUUCACAUAUCGCUAUCCAAUGGGAUACUUCCUACUCCCUGUCCGCCGCAACGCCACAGGAGUUCACUUCCUGUUAGAGUACCACAAUUCCAAACAGACAACAGGAAUUUUUCGGGCGUCAUGCUUGAACUCCUCCACAGGUCGGGAUAAAUGAAACCGCUCCGGAGCAAAGUGGGGUGAGAUCAUACACUUCCAAAGCUGGAAUCCGGAGUGCAAGGAGUACGGUUUUCCCAUGGUUAGAGCCUUCCCACCGAUGUGUUGAAGACCUUCCCCAAUCUGGAUGCAUGAACAGCAUUGCUCGUCUGGCCAAAGGAAUUCCACUGAAAAGUGGUGAGACCAGCAGCAGCUCUCUCUCUCUCUGACCCACAGAAGAGUGGUGAGACCAGCAGCAGGCCUUCGGGGAGGGGACCAUGGCCCUGAGUGAAGGGACCAGCGACCUCCAGCCCCUCAGCAGCAGCAGCCCCCCAUCUACCACCACCGCCACCAUCUCCUCCUCCUCCUCCUCCUCCUCCUCCACCACCAGGCCAGCCUCCAACGGCGUCUCUGCCAGCUCUGAUGCCAUCCUCCCGGCCUUGGGGACAGACGGUAAAGAGGAGCGGGACAUCCCUGCGUCACCAGCGUGCCCCACACUGCCCAAAGAUGCCCCGCAGCCGGCAAGUGUGAGCCAGAACGGCAGCGUCAAGCCCAACGGCACCCUCAGGCCACCUUCGUCCUCCACCUCAUCCUCCUCUUCUCCCUCGGCCUCCUCUCCCGUGCAGAGGCUUCUCUCCCCGACGUUGACCCCGCCUCCUCCGCCACCUCCAUGCUGCCUUCGCUGCCCCUUCCACCCACCGGCGCUCUGUUGCCAUGGGAGCCAGCAGGAGUGCCAUCUCUUCCAGAACCAUCCGGCGGCGGCGGCAGGGCUCCAUGCGGGUCCCUGCUGUAUCCAGGGAUCACCAGCGUUCUGCAUGCAGCAGCGCUGGCAGGAACACUACCAGAACCAGCCCAACAUGGCCGCCCUCAGCCCUUCCAGGCCUUUGCGCUUCCCAAAAAGCUAUGCGGAGCUCAUUGCUGAUUGGCCAGUGGUGGUGCUGGGUGUGUGCACAGUCCUCAUAGUGGUCUGUGCCCUCGUCAGCAUGAUGGUGCCAGACCCGCCUGACUUCUCCGACCCUUUACUCGGCUUUGAGCCAAGGGGAACCACAAUUGGCCAGCGCCUGGUUACGUGGAACAAUAUGGUGAAGAACACGGGGUACAAAGCGACGCUGGCAAACUACCCCUUCAAGUAUGCGGAUGAGCAGGCUAAGAGUCACCAAGAGGACAGGUGGGCGGAGGAGCAGUAUGAGCGAGACAAAAGGCAAGCGGAGUGGGACUUCAGCAAAGACAACUUUUUCUGCGAUGUGCCAGGUGACAGGUAUUCAAGAAUGGUGUUUGCUUCUGCGGAAGGACAGAAUCUGUGGAGCACACAAGCAAUCAAAUCUAUGUGCAAUCUGGACAAUAUAAAGGUGCGAUCCCACCACGAGUACUGGAGCCUCUGCCAGCGGACCAACGCAGCCUCCUGCUGCCCGAGCUGGACCCUGGGAAACUACAUCGCCGUUCUGACCAACAAGUCGUCUUGUCAGAAGAUCACAGAUAGAGACGUCUCCCACACCCUGAAGAUACUGCGCUCCUGUGCCAAGUAUUACCACAACGGCACCUUGGGCCCUGAAUGCUGGGACAUGACUACUCGUAGGAAAGACCAGCUGAAGUGUGCCAAUGUGCCACGCAAGUGCACCAAAUACAAUGCAGUCUACCAGAUCCUCCACUUCCUAGUAGACAAGGACUUCCUGAACCCAAAGAGCACCGACUACCAGCCACCUGCACUGAAGUACAGCAUGCUGUUCUCACCCACUGAAAAGGGCGAGACCAUGAUGAACAUCUACCUGGACAACUUUGAGAACUGGAAUGCUUCGGACGGCGUCACAACAAUAACGGGUAUCGAGUUUGGAAUCAAACACAGCCUUUUCCAGGACUACCUCCUGACUGACACAGUGUACCCAGCCAUAGCAAUCGCGAUCGUGCUGGUCGUCAUGUGCAUGUACACCCGCUCAGUGUUCAUCACACUCAUGACUAUGAUUGCCAUCAUUAGCUCGCUCAUAGUCUCCUACUUCCUUUACCGGGUGGUGUUCAACUUCGAGUUCUUCCCCUUCAUGAACCUCACCGCACUCAUCAUCCUCGUGGGCAUUGGGGCGGACGAUGCAUUCGUGCUUUGCGACGUGUGGAACUACACCAAGUUUGACAAGCCCAACUCCGAGCUGUCGGAGACGGUGAGUGUGACGCUGCAGCACGCUGCCCUCUCCAUGUUCGUCACCAGCUUCACGACAGCUGCUGCCUUUUACGCUAACUACGUGAGCAACAUCACCGCCAUACGCUGCUUCGGGGUCUACGCGGGCACAGCCAUCCUGAUCAACUACAUUUUGAUGGUCACGUGGCUGCCGGCAGUGGUGGUUCUUCACGAACGAUACUUGCUCAACAUCUUCCCGUGCUACAGGUCUCCACACCAACGUGUCUGUAGCACCACAACAUUCUGGGUAGGCCUGUGCCAGCGAGCCAAUAAGUGUCUCUUUACUGUGUCAGAGGCGUCAAGGAUAUUUUUCGAGAAGGUCCUGCCGUGCAUCGUGAUCAAGCUCCGCUACCUCUGGCUCUUCUGGUUUCUGGCCUUUACCAUCGGUGGCGCAUAUGUGGUGUGUGUGAACCCCAAGAUGAAGUUGCCCUCUCUGGAGCUCUCGGAGUUUCAGGUGUUCCGCUCCUCACACCCUUUUGAGCGCUACGACUCUGAGUACAAAAAGCUCUUCAUGUUCGAGCGUGUACAUCACGGCGAAGACCUCCACAUGCCCAUCACCAUCAUCUGGGGAGUGUUGCCCGUGGACAACGGUGACCCCCUGAACCCCAAAAACAAAGGCAAGUUGACCCUUGACACCACCUUCAACGUCUCCAGCCCUGCCAGCCAAGAGUGGAUCCUUCACUUCUGCCAAAAACUGCGCAACCAGAGCUUUGUGUUCCAGUCCGAGGAGCAGGAUUUUACCAGCUGUUUCAUGGAGACGUUCAAACAGUGGAUGGACAACCAGGACUGCGAAGAGGCGUCUGUCUAUCCUUGCUGCAGCCAGUCCACCUUCCCCUACAAGCAGGAGGUGUUCGAGCUGUGCAUCAAAAGGGCCAUUAUGGAGCUGGACCGCAGCACCAUAUACCACCUGGACAGCAAGACUCCUGGGCCCAGGUUUGACAUUAACGACACCAUCCGGGCCAUCGUGUUGGAGUUUCAGAGCACCUACCUCUUCACUCUGGCCUAUGAGAAGAUGCACCAGUUCUACCUUGAGGUGGACACCUGGAUCCAGGAAGAGCUAAAGAAUGCCCCCGAUGGUCUAAACUACGGCUGGUUGGUCAGCAACUUGGAGUUCUACGACCUGCAGGACAGCCUCUCCAAUGGGACUCUGAUUGCUAUGGCAUUGUCUGUGGUUGUUGCAUUCAGUGUGAUGCUUCUGACCACCUGGAAUAUCAUCAUCAGCCUCUAUGCUAUUAUCUCCAUCGCCGGGACCAUCUUCGUCACAGUGGGCUCGCUGGUGCUGCUGGGAUGGGAGCUGAACGUGUUGGAGUCGGUCACGAUUUCCGUGGCAGUCGGGCUUUCUGUCGACUUUGCGGUGCAUUAUGGCGUUGCGUACCGCCUCGCCCCCGAACCCGACAGGGAGGGGAAAGUCGUGUUCUCCCUGAGUCGAAUGGGCUCGGCCAUUUUCAUGGCUGCCCUCACCACCUUCGUGGCAGGGGCGAUGAUGAUGCCCUCCACGGUACUGGCCUACACGCAGCUCGGCACCUUCCUCAUGCUGAUCAUGUGCGUCAGUUGGACCUUCGCCACCUUUUUCUUCCAGUGCAUGUGUCGCUGCCUCGGCCCCCAAGGCACCUGCGGGCAGAUCCCCCUGCCCAAGAAACUCCAGUGCCAAGCCUACGCCGAGCCCUUGUCCUCCGGGCCCUCCGGCCGUGCCCAGGGCAAGCAUUGCCACACGGGGAAGUAUCAGCUGGACUCCCGGGCCGGGGAGGUGGAGCAUGAGCACUACGAGCUGGAGCCUCUGGCCUCGAACGGGAGGAACCCCCCGGAGAAGACCCCUGCCGACGUCCCCGAGCCUCGCACUCAGCUGUGUAACGGCAUCACCCCGCGGCAUCACCCCGUCCCCUGCUCCCCUCACAUCCCCUUCAAGACCAUACCCGACCUCAGCAGGGGGGGGGCGCUGCCGUCCAACAUGUGUCCCAGCCCCGAGAAUGGCUUGGGCUUGCCGGGGACGGAGCUGCCCCACCGGAGCCAGUACCCACAUAGCACCAGCUGCUCCUGUGAAGACCCUCACCCCCAGCAGUCCAUGGGGGCUCAGUGGACCGCUCACCCCCACCACUGCUCACUGUCAGGGGAUGCCCCCUGCCCAGUCCAGCAGUACACCCUAGCAUCCCCCCAUGGCCCUCCAGGCGGACAGACCCUUCUCCCCACACUGGAGGCCAUGUACCAGCCCAUGGAAUGCCGCAUGCACUACAUGCACUGCCCUCCUGCCGCCCACUUCCACCCUUGCUCCCAGAUGCGGGUCCCCAGGCCAGGCCCUAAUGGGUGCCACCUCCGGGGCUACUGCAUGCACCCUGUGCACCUCCAGCAGCAGGCGCGGGGCCUGCCGGAGACGCUGGAGGAUCCGGCGCAGGUGGGGACGUGCAGCCCGAGCCUGAACCACGCCCCGCACACGCCUUGCCCCCUCUCCGCAUCGGCUCAGAGCAGUCCGGUCGUUCACACACACACGGCCUGCGCUGCCGGCCACGAACUGCAGCGGUUCGGGGGGAAAGCCUACAGUGGCUUGAACCCUCCAAACGAAGCGUGCGCUUACAUAGCUGCAAGUGCAGCAAAACAGGCCUCGCCGACGGACGCUUGUCGUAAGACGCGAGGCGACGCAGAAAAGCCUGACGCUCCUGUUGUCACGCAGGAGGCCGGUGUGAAAAAGCGCAGGCCGAAACACAGGGGCAAAAAAGACGAGGCCACUUUGGCCUCACCGAAAAAACUGAACUGUUUUAACAGGACUUUGAAAGGAAAGUGCAAUUCUAUUGAGUUUAAUAAGCCAAAACCAGAAGCCAAUGUGCCUGUCAUUGCCAUAAACUCAAAACCCUCCGCAGAAAGUGUAUGCUGAUCAUCAAAAUGAAAAGCAACAACUAAAUGCUUAAUACUUAAAUUAUCUAACGAGUAAAUCCUGCCAUGAGAAAUGGCCAUGAGCUGUGUCCCUCAACUAUUAAAUGAUUGGGGUUCUUCAGAA